AUUACCCUGUUUCCCUCUUUGAAUCUCCGCAGUUCCAUUUUGCAAGAAGAAGAAAAGAAAAAAUAUCUAAAGAUAUCUUUCAAUCAUCAUGUCGAAGAUGAAAUAUGAUCGGAAGCCACCGCUUGCUCCUAAAUCGCCUAUCCGUCUUCGUCCCCGCCGCUCCCUCCGAACAAACUCCACCUCUCUGCUAACCCCACCAGGUUAUCUCCACUCAAGAACUGGUACUUUAAAGAAAUCCCAGAAUCCAAUUCAUGCAAGGGGCGUUGAAGAAACUCAAAUCCGACCCGAGUACCUCUCUUUUUCUUGCGAGUUACGGGCUUUGGCUCGGAAAGUUAAAGAUGAACUCGGGAAUGAGGAAAAUGAGAAGGCUGGUUCAGGCGAGGAGACUAUUCUCAGGGCCAACAAAUCUUGUCCGGUGUUUGAGAGGGGCCGAUUGUACGACGAGUACUCGUCGAGGAGAAACGAGAGGCUAAAGAGAAAGAAGGGUGAAACUGAGAACGAACCAAAGACGGGGCAUCAAUAUCAUCUUGGAGUAACAGUUGAAUCUUCAAAGAGAAGAGGGUCGUCGAAGAAGCUUGAGAGCCUGAGGAAGUCAGCAAUGGAGAUGGAGACUCCAAGGUAUCUGCUACGAAGCAUGAACAAAGAGAAUAAGAAGCCUCCUCUUCCUGUGUCAGUCACUGCCACUCAGAAAAAAACAGCGGCUAGAAGAGUUGAUAAGCUCUGAAAAUUGGGACUUCGGGAUUUUUCUUCUUCAAUAUCAAGUAAUUUUGAAGGUUUGAAUAUAGACUACAGAUGUUUCGAUCUCCCUAGUGUGUUUGGUUUCUGGUUACUCCAGACAAUAUUAGAAUGAAUAUGAACAUAAUGCAUU